UACAACUAAUCCAAAAUAAGAUUCCUUGAAGAAACAUACAUUGUAUACUAAUGUUUUUCCAUGAGUUUAUUAGGCUAUCUGUGAUGUGUUUGAAUCUAAUAUUAGGCUAGUCAUGGUGCUAAAGUUAGUAUCAUCACCACCCCCUACAAUGGUUCAAGAAGGAGAAGAUAGAGGCGAGUUUGAAGAUGAUGAACACCUCCACGGAAAGUGAAAUGAUCAAAUUCAAUUCAAUCUUCAGACUGAUUUUUGAGUUUACAACUUCACAUUAUACAAAACGUCAAAACCUAAAGUAAGAACUCUUUUCCUCUUAAUUUCUCUCUGUGUUGCACUUGUACAGUUCUUUUCAUGUUAGUUAUUAUUAUUUCUAUUUUAUGAGCGUUCUAUUAUUGUUUUGUCACGUCAAGUUGACGUUGGAGAAGUCAUAUAUUUGUUUUAUAAGCAUUUUUUCUUAUUGGUUAAACUGAAAACCGAUAAAUUGAAACCAAUAAAAAAUAUCUUAUUGAUUUAGUGUAGUACCAAAUCGAACCGACCGACGCACACCCUUACUUUCCAACUGCAGAUGUGCAGAAAGAUAACAUAGGGAGUACCACUGAUUGAAUAUAAUAAUAAUCCAAGAUAAACAUACCUUGUAUUUUAAUGUUUUUCAUGACUUUUUUAGGCUAUCUGUAAUAUGUCUGAAUCUAAUAUUAAGUGAGUUUCCAUCCCUUCUUCAAGCUCACUCAUGGCACAAAAAAAUGGUGAAACACUUCAUGUAGUUUUCAUUCCAUAUUUCACACCAAGUCAUAUGAUCCCAUUAGUUGAUAUUGCUAGACUUUUUGCUAGUCAUGGUGUCAAAGUUAGUAUCAUCACAACCCCCUACAACGCCCUCCUUUUCGAGUCCUCAAUCGAUCAUGCUACUGAAUUAGGCCACGAAAUAUCCGUCCACAAACUUAAAUUUCCAUCUGAUGAAGUAGGCUUAGCUGAAGGGAUUGAAAACUUCAGUGCUGCCACCAGCCAAGAAAUGGCUAUAAGUGUGUUCAUGGGAAUCCCUCUGCUUCAAAAACCAAUGGAAAGUCUCAUUUUCGAGCUACGUCCUCAUUGCAUUGUAUCAGACCUGCUUUUACCCUGGACAGUGGAUGUAGCAGAGCAAUUGAAGAUUCCUAGACUUGCGUUUUAUCCGACUAAUGUUAUGUACCACUGUGUUGAACAUUGUUUGAAGCUGUAUACACCUCAUGAGAAGGUAAGUUCGGAUUCAGAAAGUUUUAAGGUUCCGGGAUUACCAGAUGAGAUUGAAAUGAGAAGAUCUCAAUUGCCAGAGAAUAUUAAAACUGAAUCUGAAGGACCUUAUUGGGAGCUGAUGAAGAGAGUUAAAGAAUCAGAAACUCGGAGCUAUGCUAUGAUUCACGAUACUAUCUAUGAUCUAGAGCCGAGUUAUGCUGAGCUUUAUCAAGAAAUCAAAGGUAAAAAGCCUUGGCUUAUUGGACCUUCGUUUCAUUUUUCAAAGAGAAACAAAUCGAGAAGUAGUCCAGAUCAAGAGCGAUAUAGCUGCUUGAGUUGGCUUGAUUCUCAAGAACCAAACUCUGUUGUGUACAUUUGUUUCGGAAGUAUGGGCAGGUUCUCUGAUGCUCAGCUUACAGAAAUCGCCUUUGCUCUUGAGGCCUCGAAUUCAUCGUUUCUUUGGGUGGUUAGGAAGGGAAACGAACCCCAAGAAAACGAACAAGAGAACUGGAUGCCUUCUAUCUUUAAGGCAAAAAUGCUUACAAACAACAAAGGUUUGCUAGUCAGAGGAUGGGUGCCACAGCUGAAGAUCUUGAACCAUCCAGCAACUGGAGCGUUCAUGACUCAUUGUGGCUGGAAUUCCACCCUGGAGUCUCUUACAGCCGGAGUGCCAAUGCUGACAUGGCCAUUGUUCGCGGAGCAGUUCUAUAAUGAGAAGCUAGUGGAGGUUCUUGGAUGUGGAGUCAAGGUCGGGGCAGAGGUGUGGCACAGUACUUUUGACAUCAAGAAUACGAUUGUCAAUAAAGAGAUGAUAGAGGCGAGUUUGAAGAUGUUGAUGAACACCUCCACGGGAAGUACAAAGAUCAGAAGUAGAGCAAAAGACGUCGAAGCAAUGAUUAAGAGAGCUGUGGAGAAGGGAGGCUCUUCUUAUAAUCAUCUAACUGCACUAAUAGAGGAGCUCAAGUGCCAUGUUUUUAGCACCUCAGAAGAGUAAUUGAAAAUAAGCACACAUAUUAUGUUUAAAGCAAUCUUUUUCCCCGACUCCACUUAUGGACUACACUGAGUGUGUCGUUGAUGUUGUUUCAGGUAUAGACAAGAAUGAAAAUGAAACUAUGUGAACCUGUAAGAUGUAGAAUGCACCUACUACGGAGUGAUUGAAUUUGUGUUUCUUAAUUUGCUCGUGACAAAGCAACAUUAUUUCAA